AUGGCAGACAAGGUCAGCGCUCUGCGACUUCAGGUCAACGCGGCAGAAUUCUUGUUGAAGAGCCUGCAGGAUCAGUUGAAGGAAGCUGAGAGGCAGGCUUCGCUCCUGCAAGAGAACAACAACCUUGCUGGGAAUGCGCUGCCACAGGCCGGGAAUGGUUUCAUCCCACCUCCUACUAGUGGCACUGGAGGAGAUGAGAGUACGCAUCGAAGGUCAAACGUGAAUCAUCUACCUGAAGGACCGAGCGAGGAUGGAGCCGGAGGCAAUACCAACGUCAAUGUAGAGCCCACUGGCCAGACCGCGCUGCAAGACGACAAUGCUCUCAACGACGACGAAGAUGCCCCCCACGAAGACGAUGACCUCUUCGGCCUGGAUGACCCUACCCAGGAACACCGCCUCCCAACCCUAGAGGUAGGCACCAUCUACCCCUCCCUCGAAUCGAUCAAACAAGCCGCCGUGGCCCAUGCCAUCUCGCAAGGCUGGACAUGCGGCGUCGACAAACGGGACCGCAGCCGUCUUCUUCUGAAAUGCCGCAGCGACCCCUCAUGCCCCUUCCACCUCCGCGCAGAACAGUACGAAGACGCAGCUCGAAUCUGCUCCUACAAACCCGAGCACUCUUGUAACUUCCAGCCAGACCAAUCGCAUGUCCCCAGGGGCCACGCGACUCACCUAAGAUUCUUGCGGGAGCAAUUGCCGAGUUUCAUGACAGUGGAUGAGAGCACGACUGCGCGAGAGGUUUCGGAUGCGAUUUUCCAGCGUUUCGGGACGAGGCGUGUGCGUGGGGCCGAAGAGGAAGCGGAAGCCAGGGGUGGCGGGGUGCGGGAUCUGUGGUGCGGUGGGUCAUAA